AUGCCCAGGCCCUCGGUGACGAUAUACCCUCUCGAUGACACAUUGAGCCAAAAAACAUUUCCAGAUUACUCUCCAUGGGAGGAAGAUCGUGAUCUGACAAAAAAGCUUGAAAAUCUGAAUUACUUGAAUAAGGGUUUUUUUGAAACACCCAAGGUCUCUAAUGAGUACUACUCAGCUCGCAACCUCGUGCAAGAGACGGUCUUCUCCUCAUCGAAGAACUGCAACAGUAUUCUUCGUGAGCUUUCCCAGCAUUUGACUAAGUCCUACAAAACAAGAGAUGAGGUGAUCAAUAAGAUAAGAGCAAGCUCAUUCAGCUUUAAGAUUCCACUGCGUGUGACACUAACGGCACUGAAAAAGGAAGCAUGGCUCAAAGAGUUGGCCAAUCCCGAUCAACCAUUGCAUAAAAUAUCGUCACGGAUACCGCAUGGCUUGCGAAAUAAAGUCCUCGUUGAUGCCAUGUGUAGUCGGCAAGUUCCUAUUUCUCGAGCUAUUUGGUUUACAAAAUGUUCUUUGUUCAGUGAGUUGGUUCUGGUGAAAAAGAAGGCGCUGGUGAGACAACACUCCCUGACACUGUCGAGUAGCUCAUUGACCACGAGAUCAAAUGAUGUUUUGGAAAGAAGGUGGUUGCAAGAGUGGACGCAACAGGUUGCAGACUAUGUCUUGAAAUUUUCCAAAGAGAUGAAAGCUGUGUCUUCCCAUGACCUCAAGAGCCGCUUCCAAGAGAGAAUGAAUUACUUGAUUCUGUAUGUUCUGGCAAUGUACAUUGAGGAGCUUCUCGACAAGACAUUUUUCCUAACUUUGAUCUUGAGGCUAAUAAAAGAAGAUCACUUCACUGGUACACUUGAUAUCCUGACACUAACAGAACUUCAAAGAAUCGACUUGAAGGAGGCGAGUGACACUGAUCAAAAGUAUCUUGACAUCUUGAGCAAGCAAUUGACCGAGUUCGGCCAACUCUUAAUCGCAUUAAUUUUCAUCAGAGUCUUUUGGAAGGAUGUAAUCGCCGAGAGCUUUCUACGCAAGUAUCUCAGUGAAUCGUUGCUCUUAAAUUAUCUUAUUGUGAGCAAGUUGCCAACCCUGAGUGAAAAGCCCACUGAUGCACGAAUUGAGGUACCGCAUGCAAUCAAGUCCGAGUGUUUGAGUCUCAUCUCUGAGAUGAUUAUCGAGUUGUUUCACAAAAGUACGAGCUCUUUCAUAAUUCCCUCUUCCUGGAUUGUGCUUGGAGAUGUUUUGCAUAAUAUCAUCAACAGCUCCAACUUGUACAAUGAUCCACCUAAAAGAGCUCUCCUUGAAAAAAGUUUGGCACUUUUGAAGUUUAGAAACGAAAGCUUGAUAGUGAAUUGCAGUGGUGACUCUACCUCACCUUUUGCGAGAGAGGGUGGUUCACCAGACGUUGUUCUACAUGAGCAAGCGCUCUCGCAUGCCUAUAUCCAUAGAUCCAACGAUGACGUGCUCAAGCUAAUCGAUCUAUUAGACCAUCAAAAACUUAGGGAGGCUUUUAGUUUGAUGUUCAGCCCCGGCGCUCAAAAUAAAGCAAGAUCAGCUCAACCUCAAAGCAUCAGGUUGAAAGCGAUGAUCUUUUGGUGCGUAUCCGCUUAUCGCGAUAUGGGUGUCUCCAGAGAGAAACUCAUCAGUGUCUGUAACGCGCUUAAGAUGCAUGGCACACAAGCUAUAGGCAAGUACUCAUUUAAGCUGAGAAUCAAGUUGGAGAAUGAAAUAUUGGAGAGUAUUUUUUGCUUGGCCGAACUUCCAUCCUCCGAAUUGUCACAUACCAACUUGUACGUUCUCGUCAAUGAGCUAUAUCAGCUUAAAAUCAUCACUAUAUCUGCAUAUUUGAGAAAGCUCAUAGCCAGUGGAAUUUUUUAUCUAUCCUCGAAGCCAAGCGAUGAGAAAAUGCUGGAUGACCUUGACCCUCAGAGUCGAUUCCACCUUCUGCUUCUCCAAAACCUUCCACUCCUUAACAAUCGCCAAUGCGAUCAUAUUUUGAAGAAGUGGGCAAAAGAGCAAAUUGACUUCAUUGGCCUAUUUGAACAAGCCACUCGAACUCUACGAGUAGGGGUUUUGGAUCAUAUUUUGAACAACACAAUAGGGAAGGCAGAUCUGGGCGUCUUCAAUAGUAUAAGUGAGCUUAAUGUUGGCCUCCAAUUCAUGGUGAUGAACUGGUUCACAUCUGAAUUCAAGACGUCUAUAUCAAAGGCAUCCAAGUUGGUUCACAUAACUCCUGAUGUCGUGGCAUUUGUUUACGAACUUUUCAUCAAGUCUAAUAACCUUACAGCAUUUUUCAAAUUGUUCAUCAAGUUCAUCUUGAAGAAUGAAAAUAAGGUGUUGAUAUUUUACAUGGACUCCCUUUAUUUGAUAAGUCGACUCAUUCUUGACCAUUCAAUUUUGCUUGAGUUCAUAGCCGGGAACUCUUCAGAGUCUCCGUCGGCAUCUUUGGACAUAUUUAAGCUCAUUGUGCAAGAUUAUAGAGAUUUGUUAUCUCGUGAAACCGAUGUCUUUCAAUUUGGGCCUUUGUGGGAACACAUCCGUCGUCAAUUACGAACUCCAGGUGUAAGACGGCGCCACUCCCCGAAUGAAUCUAGUGAAAUGAUUUCUCUUGGAAAAAGACCUGCCUCCACUUCACCUGAAUUCAAUGAGUCGAAAAGCAGCGAGUCGUCCUACGAAACUGAAUUUAUACUAGAAGAAGUUCAGUCGUUGGAAACCUUCGAAAAAAGGUCUCUUACCGCCGAUGAACUUGUGCUCAUUUUGCCAGGUUUCUUUGGAUUUCUUUACGACCGAGCUGCCAAUUGCACAGAUAAAGCUUUUGUUACGCUCUAUCGAAAGAGACAUGGGCAAAAGACUGAGUUCCAGAUCUUCAAGUUGAUCUCCAAUAUAAAGGCUAAAGAAACUUCCAAAGAAGACGACCUUGUUGUGGCUUUGAAGGAGUUGAUGGAAGAGAAUUUCGACAUCGAGAAAUUCUCACUUGUCACAAAAUUCAUCCUUGCGCUUGAAUUAAUGACUUGCACCACAUUGCUCUCUAUUAUCCAGAGCUUAUCAGCACCACCAGCUUAUGAAAAGAGAUUGAGAGAUGACUUAUUUGGAGAAGUUGCCUCGGUGAUAUUAUCACGAUCCGUGUCUAUUUUGUUUCAAUCCGUGAAACUCAAAUACAAGGAGAAUCACCCUGAGGCUUGCAUUGAGAUUGUUUUGUCUGCCAAUUCACCAUACGACAACACUAACCUAAAAUUUCGAAGUGAGCUUCUUCGCAUGAUUGUUCAACAUCCAAUCAAAACCGUUAGAUCAAUCACCAAACACUUCAACCAGCUGGAGAUGCUUGAUAUGAUGAGCAAAUUAUUAGGCGUAAGCUCAUCUGUUCUCGAGUCUGCAAAUAUCUCCUCCAUUGUCCCUAUUAUGAGCGAGUUUAAUUUACCGAUCAUGCAAGUCAUCAUUUCGAUUUUGGCGCAACAGAAUGACGAUGUUGAGGCCAUCUUGGAUCCGUUACUUAGCAGAGUGGACUUCUUUCUCAACGCAUCCUUCUUUGGAGAGCUUUUCAACUUGUGCGACUUGAGGUUCCGUGUUAUGGUGUUCAAGCAGAUGGAGAGUCUCUUUUUAAACAAUAGCUUGUCCAUGAUCACCUCGCCUGAUCUGGCCCCUGAAAAUCUCACGCCCAUUUUCAAGGACUUUUUUAGCAAGAUCAAUGACUCUUUCGUGGAUAAAAUCGAUUUGUCGGUCUCGGACUAUAAGGAUCUUUUAAGCUAUAUUUCCCAGUUCAUAUCAUGUGUGGAGGGGUUUGAUGGUAGCAAUGAAGUAGCGAGAAUGCUACUGGACAAUACUUCAAUCCUAUUGCGAAUCAUCAUCAUUCAAAGUGGAUCUUUGAUUGACCUCAUGAUGCAACUCGACUUGCAGCACUUUGAACUCAUUCAUCAGCUUGUGAGAUUGUUCAAUACAAAAUUUAUGAUGCACAACAACGAGAGGUUGAAGAUCCUUCUUUACGAUCUAUUGCAUCUUUUCAAGAAUUCUUUGACCCAACAGCUCACAAUUAGAGCGGAAGAAGACGAGAGCGUGCCCGCUGAAUCACCUUCAAUUCCUAAAAGCAUAGCUGAUCAGGGUGCAAGUGAUGAACCAUCAUCCAAUGAACGUGUGAAACGGCCUCCCAAAGAAUCGAUCUCUGCUAUUCUGACAAUCCUCGAUAUUCCUGAACCCACAAAUCACUCGAUUCAAAUGGAUGAAGGGGCUGAUGCCGAAUGUCUCAUAAUGUUGGACAGAGAUGAGCUUCUGCGGAGAAGCGAUAUCAAAUCCUUUAAUAACAACUCCCUCGUGCUAGCAUCUUCUCGUGAUUCCGGCGCGUUUGACAGUCCAUUUGGUGAAUUAAACCGUGACGAGAACACAAGCUGGCCGUUUACAAUACGAAGCGUUCAGCUCAUCGAGGAAACAGGAGGUGCUAUCAACGACGGCUGCAUCAAUCUAGCCCUUUUGAGAGCCUACACAACAAAAGAGAACGUUCCCAACAACUUCUCAACAGAAUCUCUUGACACGAGACCAUUGAAUACACCCAGCAACGCCCCGGACAUUAGCCUCAAUGAGCCGUCAAUAAAUAAUGAAGGUGAGGUUGUCUCCCACAAUUCCAGUGACUAUGAUCAAAAGCUUGAUGCUUAUAUCCGUCAAAGCACUCCAACUCCAUACCAAGAAGGUGCAACGAAUGCAGCGAAAUAUACUCCUAUGUCUCCUAUUCUGAAGCUGUUUAAUACCCGAAGCCCGUACAUGAAAGAACCUUCAAAAGCAGAGCGUCCUAAAUCUGCCUUCUUUCCGUCGUCUUUAAACGGCACAAACGACGAUGAUGGACAGUUCAGAUCCUACAGGUCACAGAAACGAAACUCCUUUCAGGGUCACUCAAUGGUCAGCCCAUAUCCCAGCUUCAUGUCCCCCUCGUCAGAGUCCAGGAAAGCUCGGUCUCGAUCAACUUCACCUGUACGUUCAAAGUCUUCUAGAGGCACUAGUCAAUCACCCGUGAGAGGGCCACAGGGACUCAGAGGCUCUUCGCCGGUGCGAGGCGGUCCUUUCAAUUUCAAACCUCAAGAUAUGCCGAUGAUGCAUUCCAACAGCUCGAACUCUUCGCUCGUUGUGAAACCUGCCCAUCGUAAGGGUCACAGAUACAAACACUCCUCGGUGUCUAUGAACUUGUUCCAAGAACCCGUUCCAAUUGCCGACACCGCACUUUCCCAGGACAUUAUACCCUCUUCAUACCCCAUUCCCAACUGGCGGGAAUCGUGGACUUCCGCAACUGUCUCACAGAAAUACAAGGUGGCAUUAGCCGCAGCUCAUUUCCUGACCUCUGUUAUCGUUUUUGUGGCAGGUACACUUUUGGGUGAAUCGGCAUUUUCAACCCUUGCUCAUCUUGUCUUUUACGACUCGCUAGGCUCAUUUGUCGUCGCAGCCGUUGAUGUAUUGUCCAACUUUGAUGUCUGGAAAAAGCCUUCUAUCUCAUAUCCUUUUGGAAUCGGCAGACUUGAAGUUCUACUCGGCUUCGGCUUGAGUACGUCACUCGUGAUGGUCGGAUGCGAUCUUGUGUCUCACUUUAUUGAAGAGAUGGUCGUCAACCUAGCUGUUUCUGGAGAUUCCGAACUUACGGAACAUGGCUCACAUCACAUACAUGAGUCUUCUGGCAAGUCCAGCUCUCCAGUUGCCUACGAAGCCGUGGUAGCGCUUGUUGUAAUAAUGACAUGGGUGACGUCUUCAUUCAUCUGCGACGGAAACAAGAUAUCUGAGAUUCUCACUGAUAAUACGAACCGUCAGGGAAAUAAAAAGUACGAUGGCUACUUGGACAAAUUGGCUGAUGAGUCGCCUCUGAUUAAGGAUAAAGCUUUCAAAUUGGUUUCAACUUUCCUCCACAAUCCCAUGCGCCUUAUCACGCUACUCUAUUCAUCAUUCCUCCUCAUCGUUCCAUUCCUACCCGAAAGCUUUGAAUCCUCUAUCAAGUUCGAUAUUGAUGAAGCUUCGACGUUGAUAGUGGCCUCUACAUUGUGCUAUGCUGGAUGGAAAUUGGUGACAACCUUGGGCGGAAUCCUUUUGAUUUCCUUUCCCUAUUCCGAAUACGACUACAAGGUCCUCAAAAGCUCUGUUACGGAACACGUUCAAGCCCUUGACAAUUUCAAGCCAGCUUACAGUUUGGAGCAUCUAUUCAUCACAAAAGUUAAUCAUCAGCUUUAUAUCGCCGGUGUGAAGAUUAUUAUGAAAGGAGCAAGCUCAGAUGAUGAGUCGAAGAUGAUUUUCGAGGUCAACCGAGUAUUUCAGAAUGCUCUCAAGACCUUUGAUAAAGAGAGCAAGGUAGAAAGCACUAUUGAUAUCGAUAGAUUCGUGGACGAUGUUUCAAAGCCAUACACGGUCACUACAUACGCUAGACCUAAUAUUGUCAUUGCCAGAGGUAAGGGCUCUUAUCUUUUCGAUUUAGAGAACAGACGCUAUGUUGACUUCACAGCCGGAAUUGCCGUUACAUGCUUAGGCCAUGGCAAUGAGGAAGUUACCAAAAUUAUCAAAACACAAGCACUGAAUUUGAUGCAUUGUUCCAAUUUGUAUUAUAAUAUCCCUGCUGGUGAGUUGGCAAACAAGCUUGUGGCCAGAACCAUAGAGUCUGAUGGUAUGCAAGACGCACAGAGAGUGUUCCUAUGUAACUCUGGCACUGAGGCCAAUGAAGCGGCACUUAAGUUUGCUAGAAAGUAUGCCAAAGGAAUCAAUGAACAGAAAACCGAGAUAAUUGCCUUUGAAAACGGAUUCCACGGCCGUACCAUGGGUGCCUUGUCUGUGACUGCAAAUCCCAAAUACCAGGCUCCAUUUGCACCAUUGAUCCCUGGCGUGCACAUCGCAGACCCAAGCUCCAUUGAAUCCGUUAAAAAAGUCAUCAGCAAAGACAAGACGGCCGCUGUGAUCAUCGAACCAGUUCAAGGUGAGGGUGGUGUGAAUGUAGUGCAACCAGAGUUCUUGAUAGAAUUGAAGCAAUUGUGUGAGCAGAACGAUGUUGUGCUUAUUUAUGACGAGAUUCAGUGUGGACUAGGCCGGACCUCGCUGUUAUGGGCCCACUGUGACUUGCCCUCGACAGCCCACCCUGACAUUGUCACCAUGGCAAAGGCAUUGGGAAACGGCUUCCCAAUUGGUGCCGUCAUGACCAACGAAAAGAUAGAAAAGGCAUUGUCUGUGGGUGACCACGGUACAACAUACGGAGGAAACCCCUUGGGUUCCGCCGUUGGCUUGCAUGUUGUGGAAACUGUCAGUGACAAGAAUUUCUUGAAGGAAGUGUCUGAGAAGAGUGCACUUUUCCAGAAAGGGCUCGCCGAAAUUGUGGAGAAGUUUCCAGAUCAUGUCGAGGGCGUCAAGGGAAAGGGAUUGUUGUUGGGUUUACAACUUACAUCUAAGCUCGACAGCGGACUUGUCGUAGAGAAGGCUCGUGAGUACGGCUUGUUAGUGAUCACUGCUGGCGGCAAUGUGAUCAGAAUUGUUCCUGCGUUGAACAUCCCCGUGCAGACUAUCGAAGAAGGCUUGAAGAUGUUAUCCACAGCUUUGAAAGAGGCCAUCGAAGCUAAAUAG